AUGUUUCAGUCUAGACGCCUGUCUCCAAGCCCUCUCGCAGCACCAGCUGAGAUUCUUGCCCCGGCUACUCCAACUCGUCGCCCAACUCUCUCACCCUCACCUGACCUGAGCGCCGGGUUCAAAGACCGCUCGUCAGAAUCAAAGCACUUCUCCCCACCACCUGCAUCAUCGUCCGACAUGACACCACCACCUUCAACCCAGAUCCCGGGUGCGCCUCUUCGCCGCUCCCGCUCCCUAUCCAUCACACCCUCUCUAUCUAAUCCAGCUGGCCUGGACAAGUCACUUCGUGAUGCUUAUGGAGCAUCGGAAGAUCUUCCCACCAUUGAAGAUAUUGACAAGGCCAGUGAUGCCCAACUGCGCACCAUCGCCAAAGACCUCCUUGCAGUUGCCCAAGAGGCUCGCAUGUCCGCUUUGCAUUUCAAGCUGCAGAACAGCUUAGUCUCCUUCGCUAGCAAUGAGGCUGUCAAGCGUGCCGAGGUAGAACAUCAACUUGCAAAGCGCGAGGUCGAAAUUCUCCAGAGCGCUGAAUAUCGUCGCACACAUCCCGCCGAACUCGCCACCCCCAAGCAGUCCUUCUCAAGCAAUGAUUAUUUCACUGCAAUCCAGCGAUCCCAAGAACUCGAGGGUGUCAACGCCGUUCUGGAUCGACGACUGCGCCGAGCUAAGCGCGCCAUUGACGAUGCGACCUCUCGAUCGGUCGAGUUAACCGAACAGAACGACAUGCUGAAGAGGCGCAUCGAAGACAAUCGCCGCCAUUUCUCUCAGAUUUACAACUACGGAUCCCUGUCACCUGGUAUGCAGAAUGAACUUCAUACUAUCUGUCGCGGUGAGCAUACCGAUGGCCUUGCAGCCUUGCUCUUUGCGGACAAAUUUACCAACCGUCUUCACGAGCCCCAUGGCCCCUAUGGAUCUCACACCUCUGUUCCUGUCACUCCCAACCGCUCCGCCCGCCACGAACGUCAGUACUUGACUCCCGGUCAAGGUUCGCGUGAGCAACAGUAUGACAGUGAUAGCACAGUCUCUUUGUCCGCUCCGGACUCCGAGGACGACACUGUGCAGGCCCAUCGCUCUGAGAUGCGACACAUGCCUCCCAAAACAAGCGCCUUGCUUCAAUCCAAGUUGUUUGGACAGGUGAAGAAGUCUGGUGUCGAGCAGAAGCCAUCCUCCAAGCGCAAGGCCAGCUCUAGCGAGUCCAGCCCGGCCAUGAAGAAGUCCCGGACUACUGCAAAGAUUGGAUUGGGGAUUGAAACUUGA